GUUGGUUCCAUAACCAAUGCUGCCGUCGCACAUAUGCUGGGCGAGCAAGAAUUUUAGCAAAAAUGAUUUUUAUACGGCAAGCGAAUUCAGUUUGUUUCGGGGUAGGUUUGCCAACGGUUGUGCUGCAAUUUCACUUCAUCCUACAAAGAAAAACUAGAAAGUAAGAGUGCGUGUGUGUGUGUUUGUAACGAGACGAGAACACGAACAAAAUGUAUCACUUAAAGAAUUUGGCUAAACAGGCCGCUGUACGGCAACAGGAAGUGGCCACUUUGGUGAAAGCCUUACCCACAAUUGCCUUACAAACACGCGGUUAUGCUGAACAUCAAAUUCCCGAUCGUCUUAAAGAAGUACCAACCGCAAAAGAUCCACGUUUCUUCGACAUGGUAGAGUAUUUCUUCCAUCGUGGCUGUCAAAUUGCCGAAACCCGUCUUAUCGAUGACAUGAAAGGAAAACUUACAUUGGAGGAAAAGAAAAAGAAGGUUAAGGGUAUCCUUAUGCUUAUGCAACCAUGCGACCAUAUCAUUGAAAUUGCCUUCCCACUGAGACGUGACUCCGGUGACUACGAAAUGAUUACUGGCUACCGUGCACAACACAGCACACAUCGUGUGCCAACCAAAGGAGGUAUCCGUUUCUCUUUGGAUGUAUCACGUGAUGAAGUUAAAGCCUUAUCUGCCUUGAUGACAUUCAAGUGUGCCUGCGUCGAUGUACCAUUCGGUGGUGCUAAAGCUGGUCUUAAAAUCAAUCCCAAAGAAUAUUCUGAACAUGAAUUGGAAAAGAUUACACGUCGUUUCACACUUGAAUUGGCUAAGAAAGGUUUUAUUGGACCCGGCGUAGAUGUACCAGCUCCUGAUAUGGGUACUGGUGAACGUGAAAUGUCAUGGAUUGCCGAUACUUAUGCUAAAACUAUUGGUCAUUUGGAUAUCAAUGCACAUGCUUGCGUUACUGGUAAACCAAUCAAUCAAGGUGGUAUCCAUGGACGUGUAUCUGCUACUGGUCGUGGUGUUUUCCACGGUUUGGAAAAUUUCAUUAAUGAAGCUAAUUACAUGAGCAUGAUUGGCACAACACCUGGUUGGGGUGGUAAGACUUUCAUUGUACAAGGUUUUGGUAAUGUCGGUCUACAUACAUGCCGUUAUUUGACACGUGCCGGUGCUACUUGUGUUGGUAUCAUUGAACAUGAUGGUUCCAUCUACAAUCCAGAGGGUAUUGAUCCAAAACAAUUGGAAGACUAUAAAAAUGAACAUGGUACAAUUGUUGGUUUCCCUAAUGCUAAACCUUAUGAAGGUGAAAACUUAAUGUUUGAACCAUGUGACAUCUUUGUACCAGCUGCCGUAGAAAAAGUUAUCACCAGUGAAAAUGCUCACAAAAUCCAAGCUAAGAUAAUUGCUGAAGCUGCCAACGGUCCAACAACACCUGCUGCUGAUAAAAUCCUUAUCGAUCGUAACAUUUUAGUUAUUCCAGAUUUAUAUAUUAACGCUGGUGGUGUUACUGUAUCAUUCUUUGAAUGGUUGAAAAACUUGAACCAUGUUUCAUAUGGUCGUUUGACAUUCAAAUAUGAACGUGAAUCCAAUUACCAUCUCUUGGCAUCAGUACAACAGUCGUUUGAAAAAUUUGUUUUAGACGAAUCUGUACAAGAAUCGUUGGAACGUCGUUUCGGCCGUGUCGGUGGUCGCAUCCCCGUUACCCCAUCAGAGGCAUUCCAGAAGCGCAUCUCUGGUGCAUCUGAAAAGGAUAUUGUACACUCUGGCUUGGAUUACACAAUGGAGCGUUCUGCACGUGCCAUCAUGAAGACAGCUAUGAAAUACAAUUUGGGCUUGGAUCUGAGAACUGCUGCUUACGUGAAUUCCAUUGAGAAAAUCUUCACCACCUAUCGUGAUGCUGGUUUGGCAUUCUAAACAUAAUGAAGCAUAUAUGCUUUAAUGGGAAUAACAAGAACAGCUAUGGAAUAUUAUCACAGGCUUAUCAAAUUAGUUUAAGCAUAAUAGAAAUUUAUUCAGAAAGGAAAUGAAUGUGAACUUAAAAGUGAAAGCAAUUUCAAAUUUUAACACACUCGAAACAAUAUUCAAUACAAUUUUAAAUGGUUACAUUUAAAUUUUUAAACUAAAAAAAUAUUAUUUUUAUUUCUUUUUGUUUUUUUUUUGAAAUAAAGUAAAGUCCUGCCAUUACAUAAGCAAUUAUUAUAUGCCAAUAUUGUAAAUUUUGUUUUUUUUUUUUGAGAUCAGAGGCAAGUGACUCAAUCAAAAUUAUUGAUCUUACAAUUUAAAUAAAUGUUUAAUUUUUCAAUUUUUAAUUUUCAUUAAAAAUAUUUAUGCCAUUAUU